UUUGUUGAUUUGUUUCUCUUUUUUAUAAAUUUUAAGUACAUUACAUAUAUUGUUGUAAUACCGGUAAAAAGAUGUAUAGUAACAUAAAUGUAUUAUUACUUAUAGUAUUAACAAUUUGUUAAUUUUAAUGAAGUUGCAUGUUUUUAACUACUUGAAACAUAUAUAAGAUGUUCUUAAUAUGUAAUUUAUACAAUUAUCCUUAAUAUGGCAAUUAAAAUUAAUACAGAGUUUCCAGCUGUUCCAUUACCAAUAGCUCUUUUAAUAAUAAUUAUUUUAUCAUUAUGUUAUGCAAAUAGUUACGAUGGUGCAUUUGUAUUUGAUGAUGCAGAAGCUAUAGUUAAUAAUGAUGAUAUUCAAAAAACACCAAUUUGGGAAAUAUUUAAGAAUGAUUUUUGGGGUACAAAAUUAUCUCACAAGGGUAGUCAUAAAUCUUAUCGUCCACUUACAAUUUUAACAUUUCGAAUGCAAUACUGGAUCAGAGGUUAUUUAAAUUCUCAAGAUUUUCAUAUUGUAAAUAUAAUUUUGCAUAUAAUUGUUUGUCUAUUAACUCUGUAUGUGUUCAAUAUUCUCUUAAAUAACAAAGAACAAAAUAUAGCAUUUUAUGCCACAGUAUUAUUUGCAAUACAUCCAGUACAUACAGAAGCAAUUUCAGGAGUUGUAGGUAGAGCAGAAUUAUUAUGUGUAUUAUUUACAUGGCUAUCACUUAUAAUGUAUAAUCAAUGCAUCAUUGCAAAUUAUUCUAUUGGCAAAUGGUGUAAUAUAAUUGGAUGUAUCAUAAGUAUUUUGAUAGCAAUGCUUUGUAAAGAAACUGGAAUUACUGCAAUUGGAAUUUGUGCUGUGUAUGAUCUAGUCAUUAUAAAUGGAUUCUUACCAAAUGAUGUAUUGAAAUUACUAAUGAGUAAAAAUUCUCAUAUAAACUCAAUAAUAGCUAUGAAAUUAAAUCGUGCAUUUUUUAUCCGAAUGUUUGUACUUUGUUUAAGUGCAAUAAUAUUGUUAUCACUAAGAUUUACUGUUAUGGAAUUUUCAACGCCGAAGUUUCAACCUGUAGACAAUCCUGCAUCAUUUUUGGAUAAUUGUUUCCUUCGCAUUCUCAAUUACAGUUAUAUUUAUAGUAUAAAUAUGUGGUUGUUAAUAUGUCCAGAGUGGUUAUGUUUUGACUGGUCAAUGGGUUGUAUACCUUUAAUUACUGGAUAUGAUAAAAGAAUAUUUUUUAUUAUUCUUUUUUGGAUAUUCUUGGGUGCAAUUGUCAUUCAUAUUUUUUCAACUCAUGGAGAUAGAUUUCUAAGAUAUACAAUUGUAGGAUUGGCACUUCUAAUUAUACCUUUUUUACCUGCUAGUAAUAUCUUUUUUACUGUUGGCUUUGUAUUAGCAGAGAGAACAUUAUAUAUUCCUUCUGCAGGAUAUUGUCUCUUAGUAAUUAUUGGAUUACAAAAGCUUUUGACAGGCACAUCUCUAAGAAAUUUACUAAUAUUAUUUUACACGUUUUUGUGUCUUAUUUUUUUUAUGCGUUCGUGGAUUAGAAGUGAUCAAUGGAGAUCUGAAGAAUCUCUUUUUAGAUCUGCGUUAAAUGUUUGCCCACUUAAUGCAAAAGUUCAUUACAAUAUUGCAAAAAAUGCAGCUGAUGCAGGAAAUCUUAAUUUAGCAAAAUUAGAAUAUAGAGAAGCCUUACACUUAAAUCCAAAAUAUGCUCAAGCAAUGAAUAAUCUUGCCAAUUUACUUAAGGAUGAAGGAAAAUAUGAUGCUGCUGAAAAUCUAUUUAAACAAGCUGUUACAUUACAGAAAGAUUUUGCAACUGCAUGGAUGAAUUAUGGUAUAGUUUUAUCUGCACUUAAAAGAUAUGAAGAAUCUGAAAGGAGUUACUUAACUGCACUGUCUCAAAAGCCCAAAUAUCCUGAUUGUUAUUAUAAUUUAGGUGUUUUGUAUUUAGAACAAAAACAAUAUCAGAAAGCAUUAACAGCUUGGACAAAUGCAACAAAAUUAAAAGUAACUCAUAGAAGAGCAUGGACAAAUAUGGUAAUAUUGUUAGAUGAUCUAGGUAUGUCAGAACAAGCACUGAAAAUUGCGAAUGAAGCUUUAAAAUAUAUUCCUGAUUAUGCAUCAAUAUAUUUUAACAUUGCUAAUAUAUUAGGUAAAGUAGGUAGAUUUUCAGAAGCAGAGACGUAUUUUAAACAAGCAAUAUUAAGGAAUCCAACAGAUCCUAUGUUCUAUACAAAUUUAGGUGUAUUGUAUCAUCGUUGGAAUAAAGUCAGUGAAGCAGAAUAUAUGUAUAAAAAAGCAUUGGAGUUCAACCCACAUUCUCGUAGUGCAAAAGAAAAUUUAAAAAAAUUGCAAUCAUUAAAACGAUCAGUAAAAUAAUUUUAUUUUUGUAUAUUUUUUAUACAUCGUUUUCAAUAUAUUUAUAUUCGAAAUUGUUAGAAUUA